CAGAACCUUGUGGUUAGAAGGUUUGGAGAAGCAGGUGCCAAUACUGAAAUGGACAAUGGUUCAUCUCAGUAGAGUUUUGGAACUUGCCCAACCCAAAGACCCCAAAACAAUCUGGAUCACUACACCAUGGCAUGUGAAAUGGGGAAACCAGGAGCAAAUUGUACCAAUCUCCUUCGCUGCUCUGCAUGCUGUUCCAACAGCAAGACUCUCAGCACUGGCGAAGCCCAAGAAAGACUUCUCUGGAUUGAGCAGGCUCUAUCAGACCAGGGCCUGGGAGGAAGAGCAUCUCCCCCCUAGGAGGACGCUGCGUCCUUCCUGCAAGGCGGGCCAGUAUGAACACAUUGUCCGCCUGUCAACGCCUAAGAGGAGAUCCACCAGCUCCCAGGAAAUGAGGCCUCCUCACAAAAUCUCCUGUGAGCACAGCUGCCCAAUCUGGCACAUCGACCCCGGAGUCAAGAGCGUCUACGUCUCACCCCGCCUCAGACAACUGGCCAGUCCCAAGCCCCUCCAUCCCAGCUUCCAGAGCAACAAGGAGACCGUGGAGACAUACAUCUCAAGCAUAGCUAAAACUGCACAGACCACGUCGAGGCUGGAUCUGCUGGCUCUGUCCAAAAAAAGAGAGAACGGGAUGUUCUAUGACAGAGGACACCCUGAGCGGCCUAUUUGGCUGGUGUCAAAGAGCGCGAUAAACGCCAAGGCCAGUCCUCGGGUCGUGGAGCUGUCGUUGCCCAAGCUGCUUGCCAAGGACUACCUUCCUCCGAGGGAUCUUGUUUUGAAUGCCUGAAGAAUAUAAGCCUUGUGGAAGCCCUCUUGUGCUAUCAAAAUGCAAAAGAGGUCUGAAAAAAAAAAAAGGCGUGAUCAAAGACAGAAAUAAAAGCUCUCUGAGAUCUACACAAA